CGCUGCGCGGCCCCGGCGAACAGCUUGGGCGCUGCGGCGGCAGCGGCUGCGCAGGACGGUCGGCACGGCCUCAGGGGCGCCAGCGGAGGGGCACCUGCUGCCGCCGUCGCCCGCAGCGGGCAGGGGUGCAGCGCUUUGUCCGGGACUGAGAGGGCGCGCCCGGCCCCUGCGGCGCCUGGCCCGGCCCAGCGCAAGGCCAGCGACCGGCGGCUCUCGGGGCGUCGCCUGGCUCCGGCGGCCUGGGCACCGCGGGGAGCGUGAAUGAGAGUUUGCUCCGAUUUACGAGCAGGAGACUCCAAUCGUCAUGUUAAGGUAAAGCAGAAAAGUGCAGUGCUGAACAUGCUAAAGAAGUUGGACAAAAUAAGGUUCAGAGGUCACAAGAGAGAUGAGUUCCUUGAUUUAGCAGAGUCUCCAAAUGCUUCAGACACUGAAUGUGGGGAUGAAAUCCCGGUGAAAAUACCUCGAACAUCAACUCGAGACAAUGAAGAGCUGAGAGACCCUGCUGGUCCAGGGACCAUCAUCAUGGCUGCAGGAGUCCAGGAUUUCAACAGAACAGAGUCUGACAGACUGAAUGAGAUCAAAGGUCACCUGGAAAUAGCCUUACUGGAAAAACACUUUUUACAGGAGGAGCUCAGGAAGCUGAGAGAAGAAACAAAUGCUGAAACAUUAAAGCAGGAGCUAGAAAAGGAGCGACAGAGGAGAUUAGAACUAGAACAAAAAGUCAAUGAAGUACUUAAAGCAAGGACGGAAGAGGUGAGUGCAGCUCAGCAACCUGCAAAGCCACAGGCGCAAGCCAAUGGAACAGAUAAGCGUAGUCACACAGUCAGUUCGAGAGUCCAGAAAUGGUUUUUUGACAAAUUUGGGGAGUAUGUUGAAGACUUCAGAUUUCAGCCAGAAGAGAGUACAGUGGAAACAGAAGAACCACUUAGUGCAAGAAGAUUAACUGAAAAUAUGAGAAGAUUAAAGAGAGGUGCCAAACCUGUAACUAAUUUUGUGAAGAAUCUUUCUGCCUUAUCAGACUGGUAUUCUAUCUACACUUCUGCUAUUGCCUUUAUUAUAUACAUGAAUGCUGUAUGGCAUGGCUGGGCCAUUCCCAUGUUCUUAUUUUUAGCAAUUUUGAGGUUGUCCCUAAAUUACCUCAUAGCCAGGGGUUGGAGAAUACAGUGGAGCAUUGUGCCUGAAGUUUCUGAACCCAUGGAACCUCCAAAAGAGGACCUGACGGUGUCUGAAAAGUUUCAGCUUGUUCUAGACGUGGCUCAGAAGGCACAGAACCUUUUUGGCAAGAUGGCAGACAUACUGGAAAAAAUUAAAAACUUGUUCAUGUGGGUCCAACCAGAAAUAACACAGAAGCUCUACAUUGCCCUAUGGGCAGCAUUUAUUGCAUCCUGCUUUUUACCCUACAGGAUUAUUGGGCUUGCAAUGGGACUCUAUGCUGGAAUCAAGUUUUUCCUUAUUGAUUUCAUCUUCAAACGAUGCCCCAGACUAAGAGCUAAGUAUGAUACUCCUUAUAUCAUCUGGACAAGUCUCCCAACAGAUCCUCAGCUCAAAGACAGAUCUAAUGCUACAGUGUCAAGACGGCUGUCAGGGCAUGAAAAGCUUCAAACAGCAGCAUCCAGAAGUUAUGUGGGCUCAAGUGCCCCAGCUGGAAUAAGCAAAGACGAAGACACGAGUCGUUUUCAUACCACCAAGAGGGGCAAUUUCCAUGAAAUUUUUAACCUGUCCGAGAAUGAGCGUCCUUUGGCAGUGUGUGAAAAUGGCUGGCGUUGUUGCUUGAUAAACAGAGAUAGGAAGAUGCCCACAGACUACAUCAGGAAUGGAGUUCUUUAUGUCACAGAAAAUUAUUUGUGUUUUGAAAGCUCCAAAUCCGGCUCAUCUAAAAGAAAUAAAGUUAUAAAGCUAACGGAUAUAACAGAUAUUCAAAAGUAUAAAGUGCUCUCUGUUCUCCCGGGAUCAGGGAUGGGUAUUGCUGUAUCGACGCCAUCUACACAAAAACCUUUGGUGUUUGGUGCCAUGGUACACAGAGAUGAAGCUUUUGAGACCAUAUUCAACCAAUAUGUGAAAAUAACCUCUGCAUCAUCAAGUAGUGAGAGCUAGUAUCUUAUUCUAGAAGACCUAAAGGAAACUUUCUUAUUUUAGAACUUGGUAGUGAAAGAAAAUGAACAUCCUCAUCUAUUUUGCAAUAAUUUUUCUUGUCUGGUGGUUUAUAUUCUAUCUUACAUAAAUCAAGUGUAUUUUAUAUAUGCCUUCAUGUUUGUUUUUAAGGGUUUUGUAAAAAAAAAAAUUAAAAGAAAAAAACAAUGGAAAAAAAAAACACAAAACCAAAAAACCAACAAAAACACAAAACAAACAACCCAAAACGCAACCAAAACCAAUAAAAUGAAACAAAACAGUGAAAGUGCUAUCAUCACGAUUAGCCUUGCACAUUAAGCACUUUUAAUGUUUAUUUACUGACAUUAAAAGCUGGGAAGAUACUUAAAGAACUAACAAAAUGAAAUGGAUUCAUCGCUUUAACUCCACUCAUAUCACCAAGGAUGCAUUUGACCAUUUAUCAGUGACUUUUCCCCAAGAUGUGAGACUGACUGCAGCAGCUUGAAUUCUCUUUUUUCAGCUCAGUUUCUGCUUAAGAUUCUUUAUUAAAGGAAGUAUGAUCAUCCUAGUAUUUCCAUAUAUAUAACUGCACUUAAAAUAACUCCUUUCUAAUUCUUGCAUUGCAGAAGGUUGUUUUCCCAAUUUGGUUAGGUUCAGUUUUUCCUGCAUAGAUGUUUCAAUUGCUUGUACAGUGAAUUGGAAGAGAAAGUUUGUAACUAUAUCUUCCUUUCUUAAUUAACCAAACUGAGAGGAAGGAAGGCAAGUGGAUACUUUUUAUAAAAGAGGGCACCAAAAUGUUGUUCCUAAAAUAUUAGGCAUCAUAUAUUUGUAUUUCUGAAGAUACUUGACAUAGAAGGGCUCAACUAUUGUACAUGUUACGUGUACAAGGUGUUUGUAUGUUGAUGCAUUAAAGAUUUGCAGGCUUUUUGUGUUAGGGGAGGUGGGAAUAAUGAAACUGAGACAUGACUUUC